GCACGUUUUCCAAAAUGGAGGCUGAUCUGUAUGAUGAAUUCGGAAACUACAUUGGUCCAGAACUCGACAGUGAUGAGGAAAGCGAGGAGGAAGAGGACGCAGACGAAGAAGAGGCAGUAGAAUAUGUAAGUGAUCAAGUCUUGAUUGACUCAAACGCGUAAGAGAUUUAGCUUCGAUAACUUUUUGUUCACCGCUUGCCAUGCUCGUUACAACAAUUAGCGACUCAAAGAGCGUGUAAAGCAGCAUUAUAUAUGUGGUGAGGUGACAUCUUACUUCUUUUUUGUGUAAGUGGUGAGACUGUAGCACGAAUCAUGCAUCAUAUCUUAACCAAUGUAGCUUGGUAACGCAAACACCUGAAAACUCUACUGGCGUUGUGUAAUGUAUGUAACUCUGUCAGUUUGACAGAUUGAUCCCAUCUCACCGUGCUUCUGCUGCAUGAUAGAUCACAGAUGACUUCAAAAUGUGAUAGGAACAAAAAGGGUGGCAUAUUUGGUGCGGCCUAUUGUGUCACUGACGUUCCUACAGCGUUUUGAUGUCUGUUUGAUGACUGUCUAUCACUGAACAGACCCAUGGAAACUUUUUAUCUCGUGAUGAUGCCGCCAAAAGAUGUCAUUGGUGACAUCUGUCCUCAAAUAGAUUAUAACCAAAAACCUAUCAAAAUGUGCAAAUAAAUCAGCAUUUUCGAAACCCUUGCAUAUUGCUGAGGCCUCAUGUGCUUAACUAGGCAAAGUGCUUGAUUUACUUUUUGUAUAAUUACAUUCAUCUCAGGGAUUAUUAGCACUGAAUGAUAGGCAAGUGUUUUAAUGUCAUGUAUUUCAGGCAGAAGAUGAUGAAGAUGAGCAGAUGGACCAGGAUGAAGAGCCUCAAAUGCAAGUGGUUUUGCACGAGGUACAAUGUUGUGAUAAACUUUCCUCUUACUAGACUAGGGCAGUAAUCUGACAAAGGGCUCACACUCAAAACAUCAGCUUUAGAAACUCUUUACAUUUUAACAACUCAAUUGAUAAAAUUUACAAUUUACAUUUAUUAUUAACUCAAUUGAUAAAACCAAAUUAUCACGUGUUACCUCUUACUGAUGCAGCAGCACCCAAGUUCCUAUAGAAACUUACCCCUUUUAUUCAUUCAGAGUGGUGAUCCUCAGGUUUCUGCAUAAAAGAUAAAAAUGAUGCACUCCAUUGGUAGCAUAGCUACAUUAUUUUAAUAUUCUCAAUAUGUGUCACUUGAUACUUUAUGAAAGAUGACCUAUCCCUUUGACCUGUAAGGAUGACUAGAAUCAAAUUUCUCUGAAAAAAUGAUCACCAACUAAAGAACCUCGUGAUAGUCAAACAAAUUCUCUUUGUCAGCUGAAAAAACUUAUAAUGAACAAAAAGAAGAAUAUGCAUACUGAUGUUAAAGUGUUAAGUAUUAACUGAGGCAGUUUUGAUCUUCUGAGGACUGUUAAGGUAAACUUACAUGUUGUUAAGUUUAACUUUCAAUUUUUUUUUUCAAAGUUAUAUCUGCUGUGUGGGUCACUGUCUCUUUGAAUGUUAAUUAUGUUUACAGGACAAAAAGUAUUAUCCUACUGCAGAAGAGGUCUUUGGUCCAGAAGUUGAGGUAGGAAAGGAGGCAAAGUUGAGAUGCUAUAAAAUGAAGUGCUUGUAGAAGUUUAUUACUACAUGUGUUUAUUACAUGAAAUCACUGUCUGCCUUGAAAAAGUUUUGGCACUUAUAUUUUGGUUAUUUCUUUAGACCGUCGUCCAAGAAGAAGAUACACAGCCAUUGACAGGUUUCUGAAAAUAUCCUUGUCCUAGUUUUGUUUGAAUCUUGUUAAGUAGUAGUCCUAAUGAAAAGCACAGGUUUACAAACAACAUGCAUGUCUUUCUUUGUUUUUGGGAUAGCUUCUCCAUGUGUCUACCUUGCUUGCCUUCAGUGUGGUGUCAACCAUGAAUAAGCUAGCUUUUGGUGCUGUGUUUAGCAAAUUAAAUGUCAUUGGGUUCUUUCACUGACCACUCACAUAGAUUGGCAAUACAUUGUUUGUAACAAAAUACUGUUGAUCUAAAAUGCUACCAAAGGCAUUUUUUUUCUUUCAGUCUUGUACUGUAUAGUCACAUUAUCAUGAGAAUAUUACAUGAAAAGAUAGAGGGGCCGCAGCCAGGAUAAAACAUCUUAUGAAAUUUAAAAAACUAUCUCUGACUAAAAGUUUUAGCCAGAGAUCGUUUUUUAAAUUUCAUAAGAGAAUAUUACAGUUACAUCAUUAUAACCUAAGUGUACUCAGAUAGAACUAAAAAUUACAUCUUUUUGCUUACUUUUGCAGAGCCCAUUAUUAAACCUGUGGCAAAAAAGAAGUUUUUCCAUGAAGAGCAAGAUCUACCUACAACAACUUAUAAUAUUGAGUAAGGGGGGAGUAAUUUAAUGUUUGUCACCUUAACCUAUGACACUUAUCAUAAUCAUUAUUAAUGUAUAUAACACUGAUUGCCAUAAAAAAAGGUUUCUUUGUGGAUUUACAUGUAAUUAUGCAUUGUGUGGUCCAUGAUAAAUCCUGUUUUUAUCAUAGUCAAUACUUUAAUAUUUAUAACAUGAAUCUUGAUAUGUUUAGCAAAUCUGACCUCCUGUAUUAUUUUAAUUCCAUUGUAGAUAUUUGGCAGAUUUAAUGGACAACCCAGAUCUUAUCAGAAAUGUAGUCUUAGCAGGACAUUUGCACACAGGAAAGGUAGAAUUGUACAUGCAAAAUUGUAAACUUAAUUGAAUCACAAUUGUUGUUUUUGUUUUCAACUUAUUUGGCCUUGAAAAAUACUUCUCACUGACCAAGUUUGAGGUCUGCACUGUAAGUUGCAGACCAAGUCUUUUCUACUUGGAUUUAUGGCCCAAGUGUGAGUCAUGUAGGUCAUAAACCCAGGUAGGAAAAAAACAAUGUCCCAUAACUUAUAUUACAGACCAAGAAAACAAGGUUGGUAAGAUACUUCUUUAUAUCUCUGGGUUCAAACAGAGGGAGGAGAUUUUAAUUUGAACAAACUUUUCAAUUUAAGGGGGCAUUACAGUGAAGUGAUAACUAAGAGAUAUGAAAGGAAGCUUAAGAUUAAUUCUUUGUGAUUUGUGUAUUUGCAGAGUGUUUUUGUUGACUGUCUUUUUGAACAAACACAUCCUGAGAUACAAGCUAAAGAAGGGAGUGAUGUAAGUCUCAGAAAUAGUAAGGAAAUUGUGGGUACAUGUACUUUGAAUGGUGACCUCUGAAGAAGAGCUUGGUCUUCUUUUUGGUGUGAUGACUUAGUUUAAAACUUUGAAAAAGGAACUUUAAUUAUAAUAGUUGUUAAAAACUGAUUGGAAGUCAACUAAGUGGUUAAAAAUGCAAAUGGUUAGCAUUCUCUCAAAGGAUAUAUACCUCUAGUGCAAAGCAAAGCUGACAUUUUGAUCAUUACCCCUUCAUCAGCUUUAAAACUCUUAACAGUGGCCAAUUUACAUCAUCAACUCAGUUGAUAAUACCAAAGUAUAUUGCAUGUGUGUUGUGUCUAAUUUGAGGGUUCUAAAUCUCAACUUUUUUCAGUUUCCUAUUAGUUGACUUGAGUCAUGAAACGGUGGCCAGAAAGGGAAUUUUAGUUUUUUGAAAGGAAACAAAAAUAAAACAAAAUAAAAACAAAUAAGCAAUGUUAUACCAUGUUACAGGUAUUAUUUGCUGCAAAUGUAGAGACCAUAAUUUGUUUUUUACUCAGUGGCAACUUGGAGUGUAGAACUUGAAAGUUUCAUGCCUGUAUGGCUUAAAGUUCAUAAUUAUGUAAACUCAGGCAUACAUGUAAUUUGUAUUUCUUUAUUUUUUACUUUGUUCAGCUUCGUUACAGUGACACACUGUUUACUGAACAAGAGGUAAGAUGUUGUCUAUUGUGUUAAAAACAACUUUGCACUAAAUUUACCUGAACUAGGGACUGUCUCAUUGCAAUCUGCCACUUCUAUAUGCAACUUGCGUGUAUUUUUUUCUUUUAGAGAGGUCUGAGUAUUAAGAGUAUUCCAGUGUCUUUAGUUUUGCCAGAUACUAAGGGGAAGUCAUACCUCAUCAAUGUCUUUGACACCCCAGGUAGGUGAAAAUGCAGCAUCUACAUGUAUGAGUGCUAGCCAAACUUUUUGUGUCUUGGUCCAAAGUGAUAGGUGUGUUUUCAAUGUGACAAUAAUGAUGCCUAAUCCUUAGAUGGUUAAAAGUGAUUGGCAUCUAAUUUCUCCUUACAAUAUCACCCCUGAAUCACUCCUUAAGGUGACAAGAAUAAAGGAAAUGAUCACCAACUAAAGAAGCUCUUGAUUGUUAAACAAAUUCUCCUUGUCAGCACCUUAGAAAAAUGUAUAGAAAACAGAAUGGAGAAUAUGCAUACUGAUGUUAGGGUACAAGGGUUGAAAUAAAGUACACAAGUAUCACAAUCAUGCAAUUUUAGGAUCAUGUGUUAAACACUGAUGCAUCUCGGACGGUCUGAGCAUGUAUGAGGACUUUAAUUCUUUUCAAUAAAUUUAACAGUAUUUUUAUGAUGUCUCUUUUUUCAACCUCCCAAGAAAAUUGGCACAGUAUUUGUAGGAACAGAGUUGAAUAAUAUGAUUUCUAAAUAUCUGGUAGAACAGUCCAUCACAGAAGUAACUGACUAAGAUAACAAAGUAGUGGCAAUUUUUAUCACCUCUUGCAUUGGCAAUGAGUAGAUAUCAUAGAUUUGGAAUGUGAAAAGCAUGGUUUGAUAUUGAUCUUCCAGGACAUGUAAACUUCUCAGAUGAGGUCACUGCGGCAAUAAGAUUGUGUGAUGGAGUUAUGAUCUUCAUUGAUGCCUCUGAGGGGGUGAGUUAUUUUAAUUUCCCCUUAACUUCAAAGGGUUGCUCAGGGUGUAGGAUCUUUUUGUUGGAAUUUUGAAUUACUGUACCUGUUCCUGUUUAACUUAUACAGAACGCGCUUUUGCGGUGUAGACAGACUCAGCAUGCAAAAGUAUUUAUUUAACACUGAUGUAUGUCUGGUUGUCAUCUCUUUGUUUCAGGUGAUGUUGAACACAGAGCGACUCCUAAAACAUGCUGUUCAAGAAAGGCUUGCUGUAACUAUUUGUAUCAACAAGGUACAGACUGAUUUUUGUUGAUGAAUAUUAAAGGCCUCAGAGCUUCUUUUUGAUUGUACAUGGAACAAAUAAAUGGCAAAAGAGUUAAUUAUCUGAAGCAAAGCAUGUAUAUUUGAGCUUGAGUUGUUGUCACAGACAGAAUAACAGAGCCUUCUUUUCCCCUCAUUUUCAGAUUGAUCGACUGAUGUUGGAGUUAAAGCUUCCCCCUACAGAUGCCUACUACAAAUUAAAACACAUAGUGGAUGAAGUGAAUGGACUACUCAGGUAUGGAUGUCGGAGUUCAUGUGCUGUGCAACUGUCUGUUGUGAGGCAAUGAAAAUAAUGCUGAUAGUAAAUUUGAGCAAAACAAAAGAAUCAAGCAUUCUAAGUGAAGUACCUGUGCAAGUUUGUUUAAUCAUCUUCAUGUUCCAGUAUUUUUGUGUUUCAUUGAUUACCAUGCAACAAAUUAUAACACACUCUCACAGUUGAAUAGUUUAUAUCCUCUCCUCUACAAUUUCAUGACUUUUUAAAAUUGUUACUAAAAAAAAAUAUAAAAAUUGGCUUCUCUUUUGAUGGAGAUGAGUGUUUUUUUUUACUCCUUAGUGUCUACUCUGAUGGUGCAGAUGACUAUGUCAUGUCCCCUUUCCUUGGAAAUGUCUGUUUUGCGAGCUCACAGUAUAGAUUCUGCUUCACACUCUUUUCAUUUGCCUCUCUUUAUGUUGACACUUUUGGUGAGUAUCCUUCAGAUCCUUCAGAUUAUUAGCCUGUUCCAGGCAUUCAGUAAGCCAAACAAAGCACAUUAGUGAACAACACAAAAGUGGAGAAGUGAAAAAACAGGGGAGGUCUGGGUCUGGUUGCAUAAACUUCCCUCAUUUAUACUCUGCAGCUGCUGUUGCACCAUUUACUAUGUCACCGUUUUACUAACUUGUACCAGGAACAGGCUAUCAGAUUAUUUUUACGAACAUCUAUGAUAAAUAAAGAGUCCUUGAACAAUGAUUUUUUUGUUCGUUUACCAAGGUGUCACAAUUGAUCCAAGAGACUUUGCUAAGCGUUUGUGGGGUGACAUGUACUUCAAUUCUAAAUCGUAAGUACAUUGAAAAUGAUACAGUGUGAUGCACUUGACGCGAGUCUCCCUUAUGUAGAUUAUGUGUGUAGGGGCCAGCUCGCUGGGCGAAAAUAAAUACGCCACAACAUUUUUUUGUAUUCUUGUAAACAACGAUUGACAUACGAGGAUCUAUCCUGCGACGAUUCGAAGUUAUUGCUUCUUACAGGAUAGCCUGAAACCCCUUAGCUAAUAACUAAACUUGGCAAAAAACGGUAAAAAAAUUACAAACGACGCCCAAGCAACGCACAUGGCUUGGGAAACUGUGCCCUAGGUAUAUUGGCAGCAGCGCUAUUGACUGUAAGUAAAUUCAACAAAUCAUACAAUUGGGUAUGAUAGUCUCUGUUGAAGUGUUAAAUAAAUAUACAUUUUAGAUAUUAAAUGUUAAAGAAAUCUAGCAUAUGAUGUAACAGAUUUGAUUGAAAGUUUUUCCCUUGUUUUUGCUAGGCGUAAGUUUACACGGAAAGCCCCUUUAAGUACUUCUCAGAGAAGCUUUGUGGAGUUCAUCUUGGAACCUUUGUAUAAGAUCUUUGCACAGGUAAUAUGUACGAUGUAAUGUGUGUAAUUUCCUUCAAAGGAUACACUAUUUCCGUGCAUGAUUUACUCUGUAGUCGUAGGAAAAGUUCCCAACAAGAUAUUCAAUCUUGGUUUGCAGAGCUUCGUGAACCUUAUACACGUAUGACGUCCUGCUCAAUAUACAUUAAAUUUUGUUGUGUACAAUUUACAGCACUUUGAAUUUUCCUAAUUGUUGUUUGUUCCAGGUGGUAGGUGAUGCAGACACGAGCCUUCCAAAGCUUAUGGACGAGUUGGGUUUGUAUUUAAAACAUUUUUGUUGUUGUUGUUGACUGCCAAUAGCAUGUAUGUGUUGUCUGAACAAGAAUGUUUCCGUAUCUAUGACUAUCAUGCUGUGGCAAAAAGUAACAUUUACGCAAGAAACUAAAAAGCCUUUCUGUUGUAUUUUUACUCUUCACUCCUUUUCUUUCAGGUAUUCAUUUGUCAAAGUCCGAGAUGCAGAUGAAUAUCAGACCAUUACUUAGUCUUGUUUGUAAAAGAUUCUUUGGAGAUUUUACAGGUAUGAAAUUGUCAGUAAUUACUAGUGUACUUGAUAAACUUGAUGCGGAACAAGAAAAAAGUAACAAUUUCACCUUGCAAUAAGGGGACGGCUCGAUCUUCUUUCAAGGAAGAAUACCAAUGAAAAAUAACCAACGUUUCCAACCAAUGCCGAUGAUUUUUUUCAUUCACAUUUUGUAUCCGCUAAAUUUAAAUGAUGAUGGACUGUGCAUGGAAAAGUCUGGGCUCAGGCCUUGACGACGUCGUUAUGGUGUGUUCUGCGAGGAGACACCUCUCUCUUACAGGUGCUAGACCCCUCGCAAACCUCUCGCAGGUCGCUCUGCUAGGGCUUUAAAUUCUCUCGUGGGCAAAGGAACGGUCGUGCCGCCGGGAUAAUUAUGAACGCCUGCAGGCAGCUGGCUUUGCUACUAAGGAGUUAAAUUGAUUCCAACAAAGUGUCUAGGCAACGUGAUGAAUUAGUUGCUUCAUGCUGUAGAAACUGGAAUAUGCCUCCCGCAGCUGUACAAGUCAGUCCUGUAACAUGAUAUACAAGGAGUUAAGGCAGUAUUUUACCUGAUUAACAUGUCUUUUUACGAACUCUCUCUCUUCAAGGAUUUGUAGACGUGUGUGUUCAGCAUAUACCUUCUCCCAAAGCAGCAGCCAAGACUAAGGUAAGCGACAUCAAUGUUACACUUUAUGGUUAGCCACAAGGAACUGUCCAUUUACUUUUGGGCGGUACUGUACGUGUAAGUUGCCUAUUCUUAACAUAAUGUCUUGAGUUUUUUUCAUGCAGAUAGAACAUGUGUACACAGGACCGCUGGACACCGAAGUCGUGGACGCCAUGAAUGAUUGCGAUCCUGAUGUAAGUUACUUGUGAACUUGAACAUCCGCUGUGUGGUGAAGAGAACAUUUCAUAUUCGUUUGAAGAUCUUAUUUUUGUCGUUUUAUUUAAGAGAAUUUGUCAGUGUUGAUUAGAGGUUACAUAUGUAACGCUGAAGUUCUCACUAUGUGAAGCAUUGUAUUGUGUUUUUCUGUUUUCCGAUUUCUCUAAUCUUGAAAGCUAUCUUUCUCUAUUUACCAAAGACAAGUAACUGUUUGCUGUUCCUUUGUCAGGGACCUCUCAUGCUUCAUACGUCCAAACAAUAUCCUUCCCAAGAUGCCACAGCUUUUCACGUGUUUGGACGAGUCAUGAGUGGAACAAGUAUGUUGGAUAUUAAGUCAGAUUCAAAAGGCUACUUCGAAAUAUACCAUAAUACUCUUCAAAACGCAUUUUUGAGUAGUACUUGUUGUUAGCCUGAUUCUUCCCAUAACUUUUUUCUAAAAUCUUUCUAUUUUCCUCGUAGUUUAUGCUGGUCAACAAGCUCGAAUACUCGGUGAGAACUACACUAUCGAGGACGAGGAAGACUCUCGCGUUGGAACGGUGAGAACCAAUUCCCUUUUUACCCUUUGAUCAUGAAAGUAUCUGAGUACGCGUUUGUUUAUUUUGUAAAUGUAAAAUUAUUCUUAAUUUUGCUUUUGUGUCUUGUAGGUUGGAAGGUUGUGGAUCGCCGAAGCAAGGUAGCGUUGCAAUAGCCGCAGUUGCGGCGUUAUAGCAUAUAAAUGUUUCGAUCAGAUUUCCAGUUAAUUUAUCCAGAGUAAGAAUCUCAUUCCUUAGCAAGAUACACAUUAAGUAGCGAUGAAAAAAAGGAGAGAAGACUAGGUGAGAUACCAUGUGGAUUGAAAAGAGAGACGGAGUAAGAUUAAAAUUGACGAUUUUGUAAAACUAAUGCUGUUCUACUAACGAGCUGCACUAUUCCUGUUCAGGUACAACAUUGAAGUUAGCCGUGUACCGGCAGGAAACUGGGUGCUAAUUGAAGGAAUCGACGAACCUAUCGUUAAAACAUCAACUAUCACUCAAGUACAAGGCAACGAUGAGGUUAGUUAACUGCUACGUAGACCUUUGACAUAGUUUUCAUAUAGAGGGCGUUUUUUUGCUAUAUUUUGGGUGAUUCUCUACUUUUCAGGCGUAUAUAUACAGACCGCUGAAGUUUAACACAUGCUCAGCCAUUAAGAUCGCUGUGGAGCCUCACAAUCCUUCUGAGCUGCCUAAGAUGUUGGACGGUCUGAGGAAAGUGAAUAAGAGCUAUCCCCUGCUCACUACAAAGGUAAAAUAUCUGCACUCAUUUUCUUCUUACUAUAUCCACGAGGGAUGACUAACUAAGAAAGCUGGCAAUCUUUUUGUUGUGUUAAUUUUUUUUUCCGCUAAGUUUUUCUUUGGUCUGGUCGUGCACGAAUGAUUGGAAUAGCAUUCAAAUAAUUUUGUGCCGACUGUCUAAUCGAAACUUAACAUUAAUCUGUUCGGUAAAAUUGUAUGGAGGCCUCCUUUAUAUUCAGUUGGUGACGACUGCUCCCCUUCCACUCCCCCUGAAAACCAUGUGAACCGCCCAUAGUCUCCCGACCCCUCUCCCCAGGUGAGAAAUAUUGACUGGCCCCUUCCACGAGUCGAAUGUCAUCUUAAGAUCUCGAAGUGUGUCAUGGGUUUUUUUUGUAUUCCUAUCUUAUUAGAUGUUCGCGACGAACAGGUUUAACCGGUUCUUGAUCCUAUUCCUCAGGUUGAAGAGUCAGGAGAACACGUGAUCCUCGGUACAGGAGAGCUUUAUUUGGACUGUGUCCUGCACGAUCUGAGAAAGAUGUACUCCGAGAUAGGUAGGUCUUGGCCAUACUUAUUCUCUCGUGUUCAAAGGGUGUUCCCUGGGAAGAAGGUCGUAUGAGUCAUAGCGAACUAUUAAAAAAACUUCGCAAAUUCUGAGAGGAAAGAGACUUCAAUUUUUUUCUUUGUGGGGAGCUUUGGUAGUUUCUGUCUUUUCCUUUGCAAAAUUGUCCAUAUAUUCGGGAGAGGAAUUUUAAUGUCACUUUAUUUGAUUUUCAGAAAUCAAGGUCGCUGAUCCUGUUGUGGCGUUCUGUGAAACUGUGGUAGAGACUUCAUCACUCAAGUGCUUCGCAGAAACACCAAAUAAAAAGUGAGACGUAGUUCUAUGGUUUUCUUUGUUAAUUUGCCUGGAUUUGACGUUAUAUACUUGUGUUUUCUCAGCUUUCCGUUUGCUACGCUCUCCCGUGACUUGUAUAGCUCUGCGUCCCUCAAUUUUGCCGCCUUUGAUUCCGGCAGUUUGUGCGGGUGCGAAUUUAAUGUUUUGGUGUAUGCGAAGAAACGAAAGAGAAACUAUUCAUUCCUUCCAUUUUUAUGACUCAUAUCUUCUUUUUAUAUUUUAAGGAACAAGAUUACUAUGAUUGCAGAACCUUUGGAGAAAGGCUUAGCUGAGGACAUUGAAAAUGAAAAAGUUUUAAUUACAUGGAACAAGUAAGUCCGAAAAAAAAUGGACGACAACAACAACAAUAAAACAAGUUUAGUUAAAAUUGUCUUUUGGGCGGGAAGAUUCACUUUUCUUCUUUCACCUUCACAGGAAAAAGCUUGGAGAAUUUUUCCAAACCAAAUACGACUGGGAUUUGUUGGCAGCUCGUUCUAUCUGGGCGUUUGGACCUGACAAUUCUGGACCAAAUAUUCUUGUGGACGAUACGCUUCCGUCUGAGGUAUGACCUUGAGCAACUGGAAUAUUUUAGUUCCAAUUGCCUUCCUAUUCACUGCACUAAAGGCUUAUCGUACUUAUCGAUAUCAUUAUUUCUACUUACUUGCUUUGUUAACACAGUCAAGUGUGGAUUAUAUGCUUUUGGCGAUAGGCUGUGUCAUUUUACGGCUACAGAUGAAUAAGCACAUUAUCUGAAAACAUUUUUCUGUUUUCAGGUGGACAAAAGUUUACUCAACACUGUGAAAGAUUCAAUUAUUCAAGGUUUUCAGUGGGCUACGAGGGAGGGACCUCUUUGUGAUGAGCGUAAGUCUUUUGAAACCGUUUUACUCCCAUUAUCUGAUAAAUAAUUUAGCUGUUAUUAUUUUACUCGUACUCCAGAAAUGAGCAUUUUAAGUGAUAUCAAGAGAACAAUUUCCAGCGGAUAAGAUCGUCCUUUGUCAAAGUCCAAAAUCCGUUCUCGACAUACACAAAAUAUUCUAAGGAUUACGAAAACAUUAGCCUUAUUCAAGAUUGAGAAUGCAAUCGUAUAUUUGCUCUCAGACAUCAUCUAUGUCUUCAAUCUCACAUUUUCCUGAUUUUCUGAUGAAUUUGUUCUUUUAGCAAUAAGAAAUGUGAAGUUCAAGAUCCUUGAUGCUGUGAUCGCUGGCGAACCAAUCCACAGAGGAGGAGGGCAGAUCAUUCCUACAGCCAGGAGAGUGGCGUACUCUGCAUUUUUGAUGGUGAGUAACAAUCCCGUUUCUGAAUUUCACCCACUUCUUUGUUAAGCCAGCGAUCUUCGAAAGAGCCAAAUUGCAAACCGUGUUAUUUGUUCCAGUGACCUCUCGUUCUAGAUAUCAUUCAUGGCAUCAAUGAUCGAUGGUUUCCGUACUACUUAUAUAACUUAUUUGUCGUAUGUUGUUUUUUGCCAGGCUACACCCAGACUGAUGGAGCCGUAUUUCUUCGUUGAGGUCCAGGCUCCAGCUGAUUGUGUGUCCUCGGUAUACACCGUGUUAGCUCGUCGAAGGUGAGUUAUUACAUUCGAGUUACUCUCAAGUAAUUUAUCGUAAAGAUCAGUGAUUGAACGUACAUGUUGCCGCCUGAUUCAGAUCAGGUGAAGAUGUUUUCGGAGGUAGUAUUUAUUAAUUUGUGUGUUUUUUUGUUUGUGUUUUUAGGGGUCAUGUAACUCAGGAUGCACCAGUUCCCGGUUCUCCACUGUACACAGUUAAAGCUUUCAUUCCUGCUAUUGACUCUUUUGGAUUUGAAACUGAUCUGCGGACUCACACCCAGGGACAGGCGUUCUGUCUGUCAGUAUUUCAUCACUGGCAGGUAAGCGGAAUUUUGUUAAAGUUAACUUUGUUCUUCUUGAUUGGGCUGAUCACAGCGCAGCAAUUCAGGAAAGAUUAUAGUUGCUAUCGAGCGCGGCUUAACCCUUUAACUCUCAAGAUCUCAUCAUUAAUUCUCCUUACUGUCUGCCAUACAAUUCUUAUGAUGUCAAUUUGGAGAAUUUGGUAUUGGAUCAACUACUAAUCCCCUAAUUGAUAUUUGUCUUUAUUCUCAUCACUUCUAUGCUUGAUAUUGUAUUGAUAUGGAAAGGAGAAAUUCUCUCCUAGUCACUCAUAGGAGGUAAAGGAUUAAGGGUAAAAUUAUAGCACCACAUUUCCAACUUUCUUCUCAUUCUUUUUAUCGCACGCUGCAUAGGUUUAUAUCUAAUAAUACGUCAUGUUAUUCGUACGCAGAUCGUCCCAGGAGAUCCUCUGGAUAAGAGCAUUAUUAUUCGUCCGUUGGAACCACAACCAGCCACUCAUCUGGCCAGAGAAUUCAUGAUCAAGACAAGGAGAAGAAAGGUCAGCUGAUGAGCUGUAUACGUCCGCCUCUGUUAACUGACGCAGGUCGCUUAAUUGUUCUUGCCUUUUAAAUUUUUGUAUAGGGUUUGAGUGAGGACGUAAGCAUCAACAAAUUCUUCGACGAUCCUAUGUUGCUGGAGUUGGCCCGACAAGAUGUCAUGUUCAACUAUCCAAUGUGAUCUACCUGCUUGUUAAAGGGACACCAUACUACAGAUUUUCGCGUAUUUAGCAGUUGCCUAGUGACCACACUCUGUGCUAGGGAUAUCCUGACAGGGCUGUUUCCCUAAGACGCCAUCACGUUGUAACACGUCUCUAUAAUAUUAAGAAAAAUUUAUAAAUCUGCGCUUUAGUAGAGGAGCAAAUGAACUUCGCCCGCCUUGGUAGACUCUCUUUUCUUGUCACGUAUCAGUCACAGUCACGUCACGCUUUUGAGUUCAAGAUUGUGCGACGGCUAAAGUAGUUGCUAGUCACUCUUGGAGAGCAAUUUUCAACUGAGGGUCGUUAGUUAUGCGGAUUACAUUUGUUUUGCUUUAGUGGGCUCUGUGAUUGGAUUGGGAAACUCGCGCUACAUCCAAUGGCCAAUCAGAAGCACAGCGAAAACCGCCCUUGACUCAGUCACUUUCAUGUUUUUAGUUCGAGUUGUUAUCGGCUUGUUGUGACACCUUUGAUCUGAUUGGCCAUCGAGAUGACUUUGGUUUACCUCUGCUGUGAUUGACUGUUACGAUGACUUUGGUUUUGGUUCUGCGACACUCAGUGACAUGAGAAACGGUCAAAAUUGAGUACUCACGUUGAUCGUAACUAUUACUUAUACAAAGCACAGUUCAAGUAAAAAGCACUGAGAUGUAAAACCUAUGUUUUUCAUCCUUUAGCAUGUAAAUACUUCCUUUGUAAGUCUUACUUUUCUUUGGAAAAAAAAUAAAAAGAUUCCAAGUUGUAGGCUUGUUU